AUGGCGACAACACAUAGUAACUCCCUGGAAGAAAAAGGCUCUGGAGCGGAGCAUUUGGAGUCGAUCCAGCUUGAGGAGGGGAAGCACAAUAUACAAACCGACAAUGUUAAGCGUGAGCCCGUAUACGGGAUUGAUGAAGCUCAUCAGAAAAAGGUGAUUCGGCGCGUCGACCUUCGUCUACUUCCCAUUCUCGGCCUGAUGUAUUCGAUAUCCCUCAUCGAUCGAACGAAUCUCGGUCUUGCACUUGUCGCAGGCAUGCAAGAGGACCUUGCACUCGACGUCGGUCAACGAUACACUAUCAUUGUGAUGGUGUUCUUCGUGGCGUAUAUUGUUUUUGAGAUCCCCAGCAACCUUGUUCUUCCCAAAGCGGGUGCCGCAAACUGGUUAUCGUUCCUCGGCACCAGCUUCGGUGCAAUUCUGAUUGGCAUGGGCUUUGCUCGUAGUUGGUCUACGAUGGCCGUUUGCCGAACGUUAUUGGGCAUGAUGGAGGCAGGGUUUCUUCCGGGAUGCACAUAUCUCAUUACAUGCUGGUACAUGCGUUUUGAAGUUGGGAAACGGCUGGCCGGAUUCUGGCUCUUGUCUGUCGUGCUGAACGCGUUUGCAGCUAUAUUCGCGUACGCCUUGACUUUACUCGAGGGGACGUAUGGGUUGAAUGGGAUCUUCAUCGUCGAAGGAGCCAUCACAUGCGGUAUCUGCCUGAUCGGGCGACUCAUCAUAGUCGACUUCCCACACAAAGCCGACGGCUUCCUCAAACCCGAAGAGAAGCAAUUCGUCAUCGACCGAAUCAACAACGAUCGCGGCGACGCCGAGGAAGACAGCGUCACGCUCGAACGCAUCCUCCAUCAUCUCAAGGACUGGAAGCUCUACAUCUGGGCCUUCAAUCUCAUGGCGUCCACGCUGCCCGGGUACGCAUACAGCUACUUCAAAACCAUCAUUCUAAUGGGCAUGGGGUUCUCAAACACGCAGAGCCAGCUGCUCAGCGCACCGCCGUAUAUCCUCGCCGCUGCAACGACUUACCUGUCCGGUUGGUUGACAGAUAAGUACCAGAUCCGGGGACCGGUGAUUGCGGUGCAUCAGCUUCUCACGGCCGUGGGGAUGAUCAUCACCGCGUAUGGGCGGGUCAAUGGAGCGCGGUAUUUCGGGGUGUUUUUGGGCGUCGGUGUCCUUCAGUUCUGCAUUCCCGGCGUCUUGGCCUUCCAAGCAAACAACAUCACAUCGCAUUCCAAACGCGCUGUCGCGUCUGCGACUUGUCUGAUCGGCGGGGGUUUAGGGGGUAUUAUCGCAAGUGUUGCGUUCAAGUCCGAUGAAAGCCCAUACUAUACGACCGGGAUAUGGGUGACAUUCGCCAUUACCAUGGUCAGCAUCGUGCUGACGCUGGGGUUAGACAUUUAUUUCUGGAGGGUCAACAAAAAGGCCAGAGAGAGUGGUAGAUCUAUUGAAGGAAUGCAGGGAUGGUAUUAUACGUUGUAG